CCUCGAAAGGAUUAACGAUUAAAGAGUGUGGUUGUUUACGCGUCCUUAUUUUAUUCUUAGAAACAAAGUUAAUUGUGUACAUUAACUGCAUUUUUUAAAAAUAAGUAUUGACGCGAGUGUGGACAAAUUUUUUUAAGUAUCCACAGAUAAGUACCAAGUGUAGAUAAUGUGUGAUUUUUUUUGUAACGUUUUUUUCCGUCAGCUGUACGUCAAAUUUUUGAUGGAAUAAACGAUAAAAUGGACAUUUCAUCAAGAAAAAAGAAUCUAUCUUUCUCUUUCAACGUUGAUUUAGAUGAUGUUGUUGACAAUGACAGUAAAUCCUCUACGGAUUCCGAAGCUGUCUUGCAAAUCGACACUACAGAAAUGGAUAUCCUUGAAAAUAAUGCGAGUAAAAAGAGAGAAUCGCUCGGUGACACGGCUUUUGUUAAGAAAAAAGAAGAAGAACUUGAAAGGCAGUUGGAUGAGAAAGCUGCCAAGACCAAUCUGACUGCAACUAAUGUAAAGAAUAUCAUUAAACAUGUCAUUUCUCAUGAACUAGUCAAAGCAAUGGUACAAAAGUCUCCGACAAUGGGUGAUAUCAUUUUUGAGCCCAAGUUGACAAGAUCGAAAGCCAAGGAAUUAGGUGUAUCGCACCCUGACAUUCUUGGACCUUUAACACCAGUGAAACAUACAAAUACUUCUGAAGUUCAGGUACUCAUUGAAGGAGAGUUUUCAGAGAAUUCGUCGGAUGAGGAAUAUGACCCUGAUAAGGACCUGCAAGAUGAUGAUAAAGAAGUUGAAUGUACAGGUUCUACUGGAAGUGAUAUUGACUCUCAGCCAUCUACGCCAGCAACACCUGACGACCCUAGCUUUAAUUUAGAAGACUUACAAUUACUGGAAGUACAAUAUGAUGAAGAAGGUGUUUUUAAAAUUCCACAGAUUCCACAUGCUCCUACCAAAGAAGAGAGUAUAGGUCACAGAACUCGAUCGAAACUUAAUCUGAAAGAAACGCCUCUAGAAGAGAUAGAACAGGCUUUUGUUCCUCCGGACAUUACAAGUGAUAUGUAUGAAUGUGAUUGGGAACCUGAUGAAGACUGGGCCCAAUUUUUGCAAUCUUGUUAUCAAAAAGAAGAAACUGGGCCUCAAGAAGUAAAUAUUAAUGAGGAUGACCCAGAGGACCCAGAAUAUAAUAUUUUAGAAGAUAAAGAAUUAGAUUUCUUGGACAAAGAAGAGUUACGACAUGAUAAAGCAGUUAAAAUACCAAAGCAUGAAUUAAAAGAUUUAAUAGCACAGCUCGGUGAGCAUGGGGAUAAAAGUGUAAGAGAUGAAAAAACACGUGAACAGGAAGAACAGUUACAACUGCAAAAAUUAACAAAAAAGAAAAAAAUAGAUACAUGUACAGCAUCUCCAACAAAUAAUUUUAUAAACAUGAAUCCAAUGGUAGAUUUAAUAACAGUAUUAGCGGAACCAGAACUUCCAAAAUAUAUCGAUAUCAAUGUGCAGCAAUUAUUGUCUGUACAAAUGUCCCAACACGUUCAAUUGUUAGCACAACAAAUUUUAAUGACUUACAAACAUCCCAAACUGCACUAUAUAUCUAAAGUCUGUAAAGAUCUUUUAAAUAGUUUAAGUACUUUAGGUACCAAUGAUAACUCGAAAUUUUUAGCUGGAAAUUUUUUUGACGCUUUACAAUUAAUAUCAGAUUGGGAGUCGAAAUUAGAUGAUCCAGUAUUUUCAAAUGAAUAUGUCGAGGGCUUAGAAACGGAAGAAAAAAAAGAAAUAUUAUAUUUUGAAAACUCACAAAAAUACAUACCAAAUUUCCAUCCAGAACUUAUUAAGUUAAUGGCUGAAAGUAAAGCACUCCAGCAUCCUCAAAUGUUACCAGAAGUCUUUCCCAGAACUGUUACUGGCAGUAAUAAAACUAUACGAUAUUUACCUUCGGAAGAAAAUCUUAUUGCUAUUGGUUUGGAACAGUUUAUUUCAUACUAUAAGAGUUCUAAAAAACAAUUUCGUAAAGAUAUCGAUUUUUUAAAUGAUGCUGUAAGGGAUAUUCAAAAGUAUUUAAUACCUGUAAGAAGUAUGAGUGCACUGAUGUAUUACAUUAAAAAACGUAAAUGGAGUAAAAAAGAUAAUAUCAUAAAGGAUUACUUUGUUCACGGGACGGUUCCUAAAGUUGAGCAUCAAGUUUUACCUUUAUAUCCACGUCUAGCACCUAUAGAUCAGCCUAUCGAAGUUUUACCAAAUAACUGGAAAAAAUUUAUACUUAGCAUGAAAAAGAAUGAUCUUGAUGAGUUUUUGAAAUUUCCGAAAAGCCCCCAAAAAAACAUGAAAAAAACGGAUAGCUCUGUCAUGUCUUUGAAUGUAGCAGAUGCAAAUCAUGAUCUAAGAAAUCCGAUGGUUUACAUGUUUCAUAUGCCAUCGUUAAUGACACCUGAUAAGAGUAUAGUCAGUAAUGUAUCGAUACAAAAUACAAAUGAAAAUGAAAACUCCGAAACACUGGAGCAAAACGUGAUUACGAUAGAACCUGAGAUAAAAGUCGAACCUUGUAUAUCCACGUCAAAGACAACUCCAAAAAAGUGUUCCUCUAUCGCAGAGUCAAAAAUCAAUAUGAAAACAAGAGCGGCUCAGUUGAAGGCGAAUGAAACUAAAUCCGAUGCCGAAUCGGCUAAAAGUCAAAGAGCUGGCGAGACAGAUGAAGAAAAAACGAGACCGACUCGUCUCAGGAUGACUACUCCCAGACUGGCUAAAAUAAAAAGUGCUCAAAAUAUGAAACUCCUAGCUCAAGCAAUGUCUUCAAGAACUUCGGUAUCCAGUUGUAACGUGGAAGAAAAUAAAGAAGAUAAUAAAAACGAAGACAGCGAAGAUUUACUUUCAGUUGACAAAGGGGACAACGAAGAUGAAAUAGCUGAGCUUAUGUUGGCUAGUACGACUAUAAAAAAGAAUACAACAAAUCGGAAAAAAACAAAACAAGCCAGAGAACAGGAAAAUUUAAAAAGACUCAUAGAUGCACAAAGAAAUAUUGAUGAAAACGAGAGAGCUCACAGAUUUGCCUCUUCUUAUUUACAAAGAGUACACGAAAGAUUAGAAUCGCAAGAUCCAGAACUGUCUAAAAUGAUCGCCAAAUCUUUUGUCGAAUUUGAAAAAAAUAUGCAAAAAGCAUGUCAACCUGAAUGCACUGAUGACUGUGCGGAGGUCGCCGAAUCGCCAUGUAAUUCUAAAAAAUCUGAGAAAGAUAUUCUUACAAUCGAGUUUUACAAAGAUAUUUGUGAAAAUCUGAAAGAUCAUCCAGAUCUCUGUUCGGAGUUUGUGUUAUUUUUGAAACCUCAUCAAGCUGUCAUGAUCAACAAAGCCGCGGAAUACUUGAUGUUGAUGACAGUUUCGGAUUUUUUUCUCAUCACACAAAAUUACUUUUCAAAACAACCAUCCCGAAUAGCAAAAAUCAUGCAGGCUUUAACGCAAAUGGCCUCAGAUCCUCAUAUAAAUGUAGGAACGUUGUUGAAUACUACAAACUCUGUCUUUAAGGGCCACCCUAUGAUCAUAGAUAUGUUUCUGCACUUAUUUCCGAAAUUGAAACCUCCUGAAAGUUUGUUUGCGCCCGGCUCAUUUGAAAAUCUAGUUUGUCCCUCGGGACCAUCGCAUGACAAACAAAAAGAGUUCGAUGAAGAUGCACCAGAAUUGUACGAAAGUAUUGACUUGCCGGUAUUGUCUAUUCAGGAAGAUCCUUAUGGUGGUGAUAGUUGCAAGUGCGACUGUCAUGCAGGAAAUGAUGAGACCAAAUCAAAAGGGACGAAUGAGCAUUGCGCAGCUUGUGGAACAAGAUUUUUGAAUGGAAGAGUUUAUUUGCAAACCCCGGAAGGUUUAAGGCCGGCCAAAAUCACGUUUCCCGGUGCUGAAGAAGAAAAGUUGGAAAAUAUCUCUCGAGUAUCGUUAAAGACUACUAAACGCAUUCCAUCUCCACCGCCGAAAAAACGUCGAAAAUAUUCAAAACGUGAUUCCAUAUCGGAAGAGCCUGAUGGCGCAAAAGCAGGUCUUUCCAAAGUUUCUCCGGCUAAGGACAAUGAAGAAAAGGUGAAAUCUAAAAAAACGUCAAAAUCGCCACUCAAAUCUGCUACCAAAGUUCAAACUGCCAUUGUAAAAUGUAAACGUGAUAAGAAGAGUGAUAAAAAAGAUGAAAAAACAAAACAAACGACUGAUGACGAUCAAGGCGAACCUACUUACGUGGAACAAAAAGAAUUUGAUGAAGUCAACUGUAAAAUAGAAGAAACUAGUACGGAUAGCCAUGAAGAUGACAAUCUGACAAGCCCGGAAAAAAGAAGUUUACCAGGUAGAGAAAAAACAGAAAUAUCCAGUGACUCCGAUAGUCAUACAGAAGCUGAAAUAGAUAUAAAUAAAUCUUGGACAUUGGAAGAUGACAGAACACUGUUGGAGCAAAUUCAAAAAGACUACUCUGAAAAAACUUUCAACUUAGUUAGCUUGCUCUUGAAACGACCUGUUGAACAGGUGAAGGAACGUUUUGAAUUUUUACUACUGUUGUUAGAACAAAUGUCAUAAGUAUUAUAUCUUGUAUUAGCGAUACGUUUUGUACAAACUUCUUUCAUACAAAGUGUAAAUAGUCAACAGUAUUUAAACGAAAUUAAAUUUUUUAUAUAAAUUUAUGGUUUUUAUUUGCUUUAUAAUACUUAUAAAGUCUUUAUUACAUUUAAUCUCUCCAAACGGAUUUAUUUUCUAUAAAAAUGACAAAUGGCAAUGUAUAAUUCAUUCUCGG